CUGACCUUAUGUCUGCUUUUGCUAGUAAACAAGAAUUGUAUGAAGAUCUUUGACAUCAAUGAGGGACAAGCCUACUACGGAACGUCAAAGUAACGUCAUAGAGGAUGUGUAACAAAUUCGCAAAUUUUGCAGAACACCUUAGCAUUAUUAUACGCAGAGAACCAAAGAUUGAAGUUCGGCACUGGUAUAGAAAAAUGAUUACACCAACAUUGGAGAAUAUCCCGGAAGACAAUGAAUUGAAGCUUAGCAUGCCGGCCUACAGAGACAAUGAUUUUACUGAUUUCGACGCUGAUAUAGAGCCAAUCGAAGACGCGUCACCUUUGUCCUACUUAGGCGUAGCGUACGAGGAGCGCGUCCCUAAUGUCUCAACAGACGACCCUACACAGAGACAAUGUUCCUUUACCAGCAGUUCCUCGACUACAACUUCAGCGAAGCUUACGUCAUCCCUUGCACCAAAACCGACUGAGUGUGAAGACCGUCCCGCGUUCACAAUAUUCAUAGAUCCGAUCACCUCGGACGGCAAGGAUUCAAAAUUCAGGGCAGCAGGAAAAUUGCAGGGCGACUCAAUUGCGAAUAAGCCCCAAAGACACUUCAAGUUGUUUAACCUAACGGCCAGCAAGAAAAUCGCGAAGGAGAACCGCGUGAGCGACUCCGCUAUCCGCGACGAAAGCAGUAGUGCGGUAACUAAAGGUCGCGAUGGAAUCGCCGUUGCAAAGGGUCCUCUUCAGCUUUCACAAACAUUACAGUCACUGCUGUCAGAAGCACAGUAGGUCCCGCAGCUUUUGAGAGGUCAGAAAAAAAUGCUAAAGUAAAUAAUUAUGCAUUGUCCGUCACCUUCUUGAUAAUAUGCCACCUAAAGCUAACCUGGUUAAGUUGACUCAUAAUCUAUCCUAGCUUAUUAUUUGCUUCCAUACAAAGUAAAGAUACGCGUAUAUGGAUUAGCGGUACACUGUCUUAUUGAUUUUAGCACUUAUAACGCUGCAUUUAUUUCGACCCAUAUAGAAAAAACGACGUAAGCAGAGAAAUUUCCACUAAUUUAUUUAUUCAUUCCAAUCAUCCGCCUGGCUUCUUCUAGAAUAUGCACAACAAAGCCGGGCGAAUCGCACCUCUGAAACACAAGUUAUUUCGUUCAUAUUGACUACAUUAGUUACAAAAAGGCAGACAACUUCUUGCAUUUAAACAACAUCCGCAUAUAAUCAACUUUGGUACAAAAUGCGAAUCGAAAAAAGUCAUAUAAAUAUAUAGGUGCACGGUGCAAAUGCGCACCUUAUUGUAUUGGAAUAGGCAAAGAGGAACCUGUAUCAGUGGGCCAUUUCAUGUUUUUUGACCUUGUUCACAGCUCUUCAAUCUAUCGUCAGGUGCAUUUUGCCUAACGAAUACUAUUAGCCGUUACUUAAGUGUCCUUGUGUAGAGAGAUAACUCAUUUAUUGUUCCUGGUACAUUCGUGCAGAUUUCAGAUAGAGUCACCUGGCUAUUUCGGAAACAAUUUUAAGCUGAUAGUUACCCAAUGUAUGUCACAUUCAAAUGCAGAACUUUAAAUUGCAGCAUUAUCGUACACGUAAAUUUACUUAACUUCGUCUGAAGUUGAGCUAGAACGAGUGCGAAGCUUACAUGUGUAAAAUAAAUCUAAUUAAGUUUAGAACGAAAUAAGUUAGUGAUUUAAAUUUGUCGGUACAACGUUGCUGUCUCGACAAAUACCGAGUACGUUUUAGCUAUUGUUGAUUAUUUGUUCAGAUGAAUAUAGAUCUUUUUCAUUGGUAUAAUGUUUGUUAUUUUUUUUCUAAUCAGUACACGCAUUAAGAUAACUAGAGUUUUGAACGUAUUUUCGCAAUCGGUGCACCAAAUCAUUGAAAAUUGAUAAGAAAAACGAUAACAAAAAUAAUAAAGAAAUUACGAUUCUUAUAAUCGGGUGUAUGAAUGUAUUCUAAUAAAAAAAAAUCAUAAGUACAGCUUGUACGGAGAAAAUCAGUAAAUUAUAAUG